CCCAGUCUAGCUCUGUGUCCCCUGCCCGGGCCGGCUUGUCGGGGGUCUGAGCUGCUUUGCUCGGCAAGAGCGGGCUUGGGGACGGGGCUCAAAUGGAGGCUGAGGGGCAAACGUCGGGACUGUGCCCGUCGGGAGGCUGGGGGACACUCGGAGCGACGGCUUAGGAGCUGGGGGUGAGCGGUACGCCGCUGGAGGUGCAGAGUUGGGUGCUUGGGGAUGGCAUUUGCCUUCAAUUCUCGAUCUGUAGGUGUAGGGAUGGCUUUCUGGGCUGCCCGUCCCUGCGGGAAGUGUCCCCCCAUCCUCCCCCCUCUUGGUCAGGGGAAGACUCCAAUGGCAAAAGAUGAGGCCAAAGGAGGGGACUCCGGACACCACUGGGGACUCUGAAAGAGUUGGGGCGCCGGGCCCAAGCCACGCCCCUGUACUGCCCGCCCCCCACGCCGCCUGAGGCGGUGCGCUAAGACCCGGAGGGCGCGCCGCCCCCUGCGCUCCACCCCCCGGCUGCCUGCCCGCGGGGCCUGGACGCCUGCUCGGAGCACGACGGCGGGGGCAUGGGGCGGGCGGCCUGGGCGCUGCUGUGGCUGCUGCUGGGCCGCGCCGGGGCGCAGUACGAGAAGUACAGCUUCCGGGGCUUCCCGCCCGAGGACCUGAUGCCCCUGGCCGCGGCCUACGGCCACGCGCUGGAGCAGUACGAGGGCGAGAGCUGGCGCGAGAGCGCGCGCUACCUGGAGGCGGCGCUGCGGCUGCACCGGCUGCUGCGGGACAGCGAGGCCUUCUGCCACGCCAACUGCAGCGGCCCCGUGCCGGCCGGCGCCCCGCCGGGCCUCUCGCCCGGCCCCGACGGCGGCGGCGCCGAGUGGGCGCACGAGCUGCGGCUCUUCGGCCGCGUCCUGGAGCGCGCCGCCUGCCUGCGGCGCUGCAAGCGCACGCUGCCCGCCUUCCAGGUGCCCUACCCGCCGCGCCAGCUGCUGCGCGACUUCCAGAGCCGCCUGCCCUACCAGUACCUGCACUACGCGCACUUCAAGGCUAACCGGCUGGAGAAGGCCGUGGCCGCGGCCUACACCUUCCUGCAGCGGAACCCGAAGCACGAGCUGACCACCAAGUAUCUCAACUAUUACCGCGGGAUGCUGGACGCCGACGAUGAACCGCUCACGGAUUUGGAGGCUCAGCCCUAUGAGGCUGUGUUCCUCCGGGCCGUGAAGCUCUACAACAGUGGCGAUUUCCGCAGCAGCACGGAGGACAUGGAGCGGGCCUUGGCUGAAUACAUGGCCGUCUUUGCCCGCUGUUUGGCCAGCUGUGAGGGUGCCCAUGAGCAGGUGGACUUCAAGGACUUCUACCCAGCCAUAGCAGAUCUCUUUGCAGAAUCCCUGCAGUGCAAGGUAGACUGUGAGACCAACUUGACCCCCAACGUGGGUGGCUACUUUGUGGAGAAGUUUGUGGCUACCAUGUAUCACUACCUGCAGUUUGCUUACUACAAGUUGAAUGAUGUGCGCCAGGCUGCUCGAAGCGCAGCCAGCUACAUGCUCUUCGACCCGCAGGACAGUGUCAUGCAGCAGAACCUGGUGUAUUACCGCUUCCACCGAGCUCGCUGGGGCUUGGAGGAGGAAGACUUCCAGCCCCGGGAGGAGGCCAUGCUCUACCACAACCAGACUUCAGAGCUGCGGGAGCUGCUGGAGUUCGCACACAUGUACCUGCAGUCAGAUGAUGAGAUGGAUCUGGAGGAAGCAGACUCACCCGCAGAGUCUGAGCCACUCCCCUCAGACGCUGAGUUUGAGGGGGAGGGCGACUAUGAGGAGGGAAUCUAUGCCGACUGGUGGCAGGAGCCAGAUGCCAAGGGCGAUGAGGCCGAGGCCGAGCCGGAACCUGAACUAGCGUGAGAAGAGGGUUACCCCCGGACUCCUCUCCAGAGCUUGGGGUGCUGGAGCCCAGUGGCAGCACCGUUAGCAGCCUGAGCAGCAGCAAGAAAUAUUUAUUAAAUAUGAGAUGGACAUAGCUGACCAGGCCUUCCUGGGUCCCUGGAGCGCUGCAGAUGAUGGUACGGCCCAGCCUCCCCUCCUAGUGCUCUCUCUAGGAGGAGAAGGCUCCAGCUGCUCUUUGGAGUGUCAACUCAAAUUACUGAGACAGCCGUUGGGGCAGUGGCUUUGCAAAGAGCUAGAGACCAGGAGUACACCGUUCCUCUGCACGGCCGUGUGGGUGCUCAAUAAACGUUUCUUGUCAAAUGA